UCAUACGUCGAGUUGGCCCUACAUCGCGCUCCUCGCUCCACUGUGCCUCGUAGAGGUCUAGCACGAUUGCAAGACAUUGUUGGUUAUAUUCGACACUUUGAUGAACGUAGUUUUUUAAAACCACUGUGGAAUUUUUCAUUCCCUCUGAUAUUGAUAAUCGAUUAUUAAUUAGUGAAUAUUUUUUUAUUGAAAUAAGUAAGUGGGAAAGAACAAAGGAAAAAUGGUUUUAGCAGAUUUAGGACGUAAAAUAACGUCCGCUCUACGAUCGUUGAGCAAUGCAACUGUCAUUAACGAGGAAGUUUUGAAUUCUAUGCUCAAAGAGAUCUGUGCAGCUCUCCUGGAGGCUGAUGUCAAUAUUCGACUUGUCAAAAAAUUGCGAGAAAAUGUACGUACGGUUAUUGACUUCGAUGAUAUGGCGGGGGGACUCAACAAACGACGGAUGAUACAGAGUGCAGUUUUCAAAGAACUUGUCAAGUUAAUUGAUCCUGGAGUGAAAGCCUACCAGCCAGUGAAAGGUCGCCCCAAUGUGAUAAUGUUCGUGGGUCUUCAAGGAUCUGGAAAAACAACCACCUGUACAAAACUGGCUUAUCACUACUUGAAGAAAAAUUGGAAGGCCUGUUUGGUUUGUGCCGAUACAUUCCGUGCUGGUGCCUAUGACCAAAUCAAACAGAAUGCAACAAAAGCCAGAAUACCCUUUUAUGGAAGUUACACAGAAGUGGACCCAGUGGUAAUAGCUCAAGAUGGUGUCGAGAUGUUCAAAAAAGAAGGAUAUGAAAUUAUAAUAGUGGAUACAAGUGGUAGACAUAAGCAGGAAGAGUCGCUCUUCGAGGAGAUGUUACAAGUGUCAAAUGCAGUUCAACCAGACAAUAUAAUUUUUGUGAUGGACGCGACAAUAGGACAAGCUUGUGAGGCCCAAGCCAAGGCUUUUAAAGAUCGAGUGAACGUUGGUUCAAUUAUAAUCACAAAAUUAGAUGGACAUGCUAAAGGAGGUGGUGCAUUAUCAGCUGUUGCUGCUACCCAAAGUCCUUGCAUAUUUAUUGGUACUGGUGAACAUAUAGAUGACCUUGAAUCCUUUAAAACAAAGCCCUUCAUCAGUAAAUUAUUAGGAAUGGGUGAUAUUGAGGGUUUAAUCGAUAAAGUAAAUGAGUUAAAUCUGGAUGAUAACGAAGAGCUUUUAGAAAAAAUCAAACACGGUCAAUUUACCCUUCGUGACAUGUACGAGCAGUUCCAGAAUAUAAUGAAACUGGGACCAUUCUCACAGAUACUCCAGAUGAUUCCUGGAUUUAGUCAAGAUUUUAUGUCAAAGGGAACUGAGCAGGAUUCGAUGGCAAGAUUGAAGAGGCUCAUGACAAUAAUGGACAGUAUGAAUGAUGCAGAGUUGGAUAGCAGGGAUGGAGCGAAAUUAUUUAGCAAACAAACAGGAAGGAUCACAAGGCUUGCUAGGGGCUCUGGGGUCACUGAAAAGGAGGUCAAAGACUUGAUAGCACAAUACACGAAAUUUGCAGCUGUUGUUAAAAGAAUGGGAGGAAUCAAGGGACUAUUCAAAGGGGGUGAUAUGACGAAGAAUGUUAAUCAGACACAGAUGGCUAAAUUGAACCAGCAAAUGGCCAAGAUGAUGGAUCCUAGAGUCUUACAUCAAAUGGGUGGAAUGUCUGGACUUCAAAACAUGAUGAAACAGCUUCAACAAGGCGCUGGUGGGCUUAGCAACUUGAUGGGUGGCUUCGGUGGAAAAUCCUGAGAACUUUGAUGCCAACAGUCCGUGAAAACUGUCAUUUGAUAAUUCUACCAUCCUAAAAAAAUGUGUUUGAAUGAAUUCAAAACACGUUAAAUACAACUCCGGUUUUGUUCUCUGUAUAAUUUAUUUCGUGAUCGAUGAUAAAAAAUUCCAGAUCACUUCUCUUUCCAUAUUACAACCAUGAAACGUAAUUGAGAUUCAGACGAAAUUUUGGGAUCUCAAAAUCACCGGACGAACAGUAUAUUUACGAAAUCUCGAUCAUGGAACUUCUAUAGAGUAAAUAGAGUAUAGAGUAAAUUUAAUGUAAAAGUUAAUCUUUUGUAAAUAUAAAAUGCGAUUAAGGAAUA